CGCAUUGGAUUUUGAUACUCUUAACAUGAUAACUAUUCUUCGGUACGGACUCUGCGACCUCAGAAUGGUCUGUUUCGCUUCAUAUACUUUGUGUCAAAAAAUGACAUGACCAACACCUCCGCGGCUGUAAACUUCCAACAUCGUGCCCAACAUGUCGAGAAGGCUGCGAUCGCAGGAGAAGAUGUUUCUGUUUCUUCUCUUCACUUUUUGCGUCUUCGAACUCUCGUUUCCGAAUAUUUACGACAGCAGAACAAAUGUGCCUGAGAUGUUGAUCACCAGGCUACAAGCUUUUGCUUUUUGGAUAGCAGCCCUUGUUUCUGCGCGACAAGGCCAACUCCCCACCACUACAUCGUUCCUACCAGCCUCAUCAGAGGCUUUCAUCUGCAAAGCUGGCUCGUGCGCAUAUAAUGUUGUAGCAUCUUCCAUCCGGGGUAUACCUCCAGCUAUUACGACAAACGAUCCAAAAGAUAAAGUGCCGAGCAUUACAAAUUAUCCAUAUCAUCCUGGAAAGAGAAGUUCCAGAGUCACGAGGGUCGGAACAGUCAAGCGGGUAGACGAGGAAGACCCAACCAUUAUCAGGCAACGCGACUUCACCGAUCCAAAUACAUUCUUAACUGGGACGAAAGCUCAGUGGUUCCAACACGCAGUGGGUCUCGUGGAGAGUAGUGGGCCGCAGAGAAUAGAGACACCGACUGGAGGUAUUCCAUCAUCAACUUGGUUCGACUAUUCGGAUCUGCGGAAUCAUGCUAUUACCACUGGCACUGGGCCUUCAUGGGGUUGUACCAGUGUGCUAGUGUUUUCCGAACGAGGAGUAUGGAUGGCACAUUUCUGGGAGCAGGAACAGAUACAAAAUAGCACGACCUUUGACAGCGACGUGCUUAACUUUCUGAGAAUAGGCAGCGGUGAUGGAAUACAUCAAGGGCUCGUUGACGUUGUAGAUUGGCUAUUUAACGGGUCAAUACCUGAAGACAUAGGAGAGAGUUUGGAAGAACCUCUUUUCUCAGCCGCCGUCAUCUUUACACCAAGCUAUCGCGACAGCCAAAAGGUUCCAGAAGGUGCAAAAGCGGCAGAUCCUAUCUACGGUGAUCAGAUCAAAAAGAUUAAGGCUCUCUUGAUCGACCAACUGCCAGCUUUUACAGACCAGAACAUCCAAGUUGCCACAUACAAACCUGUCAACUCUGCUGCUGAGAUGGAAGCACAGCCGUGGCUCGGCCUCAUGACAUUUGAGUACGCUCCCCAACACUUAAGAAAAACCGAUGACGGGCAGUGUAUCGUCUCGCGUGCGUUACGAAUAUGGAAUCAAGACGAAAUACUUGGUGUCUACCCGUAUACCUGGCCGCAAAGUCUUCCGACGGCUUCUGGACUACCAGAUAUCCAGCUCAGAUCGAAACAAGUGGACAUAGGUGCUUGUCCAGCGGACGUCUCGGGUAUUUUGAAGAGCCAAGGAAAUGGAGCAUACGAACCGCAGUUUGUUUUUGGUCUUAAUGCUCCUGCAACAACAAUUCCCACUUCAACCACGGCUUCAACGAUACAACCAACUCCUCCGCCGACGCUACCAGACUCAGACUAUAUGUGUAGCAGCUGGCAACUCAGCCCAAAUGGUGUGCAAGUGGGAUCAGAUUGUGGAGGUGAUCCGAAUAAAGUGGUGACUGUAACGGUAUCAUGGUGA